CCAGGAAAAAGAAUACUAGUUCAGCAGCUUGUCAGCACUCAUGUAGCCGAACCUGCUUCUCCGUCUUGUUUCUGUCGUUGCAUUUUGUUUCACGUAACCAUGUCUUUUGUUAAAAGGACUUUUAAACUGUUUGUCCUCGUCACAGUCGCCGUCCUGUUCUUCUUGCUGCUGCGACACUGGCUCGCCACCAAGCAGUACGUUUUCAACAAAGAAGAUGUCGCCAAGUUGGCUAAGCAGUACGCGGGGCAGGACCAUGAACAGGCGUUCUCCAAAGUGGUGGUAGAGCUCAGGAAAAGGUAUCCAGGUCACAUUCUGCCGGAUGAGGACUUGCAGUGGGUGUUUGUGAAUGCAGGAGGCUGGAUGGGCUCCAUGUGUCUCCUCCAUGCCUCGCUCACAGAGUACGUUCUGCUGUUUGGUACCGCGGUGGACACGGGAGGACACUCGGGUCGUUACUGGGCUGAAAUCUCAGACACCAUCAUCUCUGGUACUUUCCGGCAGUGGAAGGAGGGGACUACCAAGAGUGAAGUCUACUAUCCGGGUGACACCCUUGACCAUGGAGUGGGCGAAGCCACGUCAGUCCAGUGGAGCUCUGGGACUUGGAUGGUGGAGUACGGCAGAGGUUUCAUCCCUUCUACACUCGGCUUUGCUCUUGCGGACACCCUGUUCAGCACCCAGGACUUCGUCACCAUGUUUUACACCGCACAUGUUUAUAUGAAGGCCCUGCUGCUCGAGGCUGGUACGCUGCUCGCAGAUGCUGGAGUUUUCUGAUGACGGCAGACGACCAGCUGCUUGCACGUGGACUGCGAUAUCGGCAAACCCCUCGACUAAAAUCUGACGUGAGGGUGGUGUAAAAGAUUCAACUUGUAGUUUGUGACAAUCAAAUUCGCAGUUCGUUUCAUCCUCCUUUAAGAUCCGUUCACCAUAAAAGAGAAAGGAAUGCUCAACUUGUAAUAUGUCCCAACAUUUAAUUUAGACUCGAACCUUGCCCAUGAGGUUUGUCACUUUACUUAGUCACAUCUUCUAGAGCUCAGACUGCCUGUUUAAUCACCCAAGUCUUAAACAUCUUGAAGAAAAAAUAUCCAUAUCAUUUUAGGAUGACGAGGCCUUACCGCUGCCAAACUUUGAGAUUUCUCUUAAGAAAAAGUGAGUAAACUGCGCUGCCAGGAAGUGAAGUGUUGCUUUUUUUUCAGGAACUGAAUUGCUAAAAUUAAAAAUGUUAGUUUCAUCACACAUGCCACAACCAUCUUUAAAACAAGGGUCUAAUUUGAUAUAUAAUGGAACCAAAUUUACGGUUUUUCCUCUUAAAUUAGAAAAUUUUAAAGCAAAAAGUUGCUCACUUUUGGAAAAUGUGGAAUGUGACUGAAAGUAGGUCAACAAUGGCAACGUCCACAGUAGAUUUAUAGCAAUAGAUUCUAUUUAAAUAUUCAUCUAAACAACUUCUGAGGCCCUACACGUGUCCAUUUCUACCUGCACAGAUUGUGCUCAGCCCAUCGUAGGUCGAUGUGACUCGAGCUUCCACUCCACCUCAAAGUUGCACAUCUGUAAAGCUAAUGUGUCAAACUACACCAUUUCAGAAUGACCUUUUUAUCUUUAAUCUUAUUUUGCAAUUCGUAGCCAUAGCCACAGUCAAGAAACCAGCACUACGAGGUAAAAAAAAUCCCCUGGUCACAUCAAAACUCUUUACUGUAACCGUUUCUGGAAAGUAUUUAAAACAUGAAGGUAAGCAUUGGAAGCUUUGCCAAACUGAGAACUUGUGCAAUUUUUUUAGUUUGACAUUUUCAACAUGCGUCAAGUCUCAAUUAGAAAACGGUUGAGAAUUUUGUGCAAAAUAGAAAUUCUGGAUGUCUAAACUCUUGACUUUAGGUAAAAUAUUACUGUAAUUUGCAAGGUACGAGCUAAAACACCUAAACUUGGGACAAAACCGCCUCGCUUUUAACUUUAGCCUUCAUGAUGAUGAUUUUUGUCCACCUAUAAUGAAACAAAACGACACUACGUGUUUGCAUCUUAAUGUUUAGUCUUGACCUCAGAGUGCUGCUCUACUGGGACAUAACUGCUGCUGAAUCCAUCAUCUCUGACAACGCAGCCUUCUAGAGAACCAAGAAUUGUACUGCACGGUGUAAUCCAUUAAGUUUACAUACAGCUGUGUGUGAACGUAUUGCUGUACUUUAUGUGCAAUUUACUGGGUAAAGAUUGACACUGACCGUGCCAGAUGAAAUAAAUCUGUUUUUGAAAUAAAA